AUGUCGGUCAUCGAGAGUAAGGCAGAAAGUUUCGUUCUAAUAUGGCUGGAUCAAACUAUCAAGAAGAACAAAGAUACUGUUGAUUCUGAACAAAAACUUCGUGCUAUUGUCAAUUCACUAGUUACUUGCCAUACAAUUAAUGAAGCCAUGGAUUUGAUCGAACAAGUUCAGGAUCAGCAAAUUUAUUUGAUCGUAUCUGGCAAACUUGGAAAGCAAAUUCUUUCAAUGAAUCAAAUCGUCGACUCUUCUAAAUUGAAUUCUAUCUAUAUCUUUUGUGGUGAUCAAAACGAAAACAUAGAAUUACUUCAACUCUCCAAUAAAGUACGUGCCAUCUUCGUUGAAAUCGAUCCAUUGUGUGCUCGUUUGAAAGAAGAUACAGAACAAGCGUUGAAAAAUCUUCUACCUAUGUCUACUACAUCAGGAACUUCAGCGGACGAAAAAAAUCAAGUGAAAUUUCUCUGUUCACAACUUCAUCGUGAUCUACUUUUCACUAUGGAGUAUAGUAAUAAUGCAAGAUUGGAACUCGCUGACUUUUGCUCCAGCGUAUACAAAUUGAGUCCGGCUCAACUCAAAUGCAUCCAGGAAUUGAAAACUGAAUAUCAUGCUGGCAAAGCAAUCUGGUGGUAA